AUGAAUAGCAUGCAAGGAAUCUUGCACAAAACGAGUCUCAGAGCCGCAAAUAACGAGCGCUCAACAACGUUCACCUCUGUUACCUCCCAUGCCGGGCAGAAGAGAAGCUGGUCCGCGAGUGACACACCCAGCGACCACCAUGGUAUCACUAGAGGCCCGGUCCAGUUCAAGAGAGCUUCGACGGCCUCAAGCGCUGCCCGGAGGCUUUCUGCCAGCCCAAUAGUAAAUUUAGAGACACCCGAGGAUGGCCCAUCGGAAUGGACUCAGCGUGUCGCAAUUUCAGCCACGCCAACGUCUGAUUAUGAUCCCGAGCUCAGUCUCGCCCACCCGCUUUAUGGGCUGCCGCCUCGUCUCGUGCAGAACUUUGCUUCCCUUGGAAUCAAACAAAUCUACCCAUGGCAGAAAAAUUGCCUAAAGGGACCCCAGCUCCUGAGCGGUUCUAAAAAUCUCGUAUACUGUGCGCCCACUGGUGGAGGCAAAUCCUUGGUGGCUGAUCUCUUGAUGCUGAAACGAAUCAUAAACAACAAAACUGCAAAGGCAUUGCUUGUGCUUCCAUACGUGGCUUUGGUUCAGGAGAAGGUUCGCUGGCUUCGCGGUGUCGUCCAGGGGUUAGCCUUUGAUGAGAACUCACCGGAGAGUAGUCAGAAUCCAUUGCACGGGAAACGUUGGGCCGACGAGGACACCAUCCGAGUUGUCGGCUUCUUCGGUGGAGGCAAGGUCAGGGCUACCUGGAAUGACUUCGAUAUUGGGGUUUGCACGUUGGAGAAGGCCAAUUCCCUUAUCAAUGCGGCCAUCGAUGAUUGCUCGAUUUCACAACUUCGAGCGGUCGUGCUGGAUGAGCUCCAUAUGAUCGAUGAUGGCCAUCGAGGCUAUUUGCUUGAACUCAUGACAACCAAACUGCUGAGCUUGGAACAGCGUGUCCAGAUAAUAGCCAUGAGCGCAACUCUACCUAAUCUCGACAUCAUCGCCAAAUGGCUCAACGCGUACUCAUAUGAGACGAAAUACCGGCCAGUGCCCAUUCACGAGCACCUGGUGUGUGAAGGAAACAUCUAUCCCGCCGCAAGCACGCAUAGUCUUCUCAAAACAGCGUCUAGUCUGAAAAGUCAGCGCUCAAUGGAAGAUAAACUUUCAGCGAUGAGAAGAGUUGAGCCUUCAGAACACAAAGAACUCACUGAGUCAGUCCUGAACUCGGUCAUCUCUCUUGCUUAUGAGACUGCCUCGGCAGGUCAUGGAGUGCUGGUCUUUGCUGGUAGUCGCGGAUCCUGCGAAUCGGAUGCCCGCUGGAUUAGUCGGGUGAUGCCACAGCCACACGAAAUCAGCCCGGAACUUCUUGAAAAAAGGACGGAAUUGCUAGAGGACCUACGCAGUCUCUCUACCGGGUUAGAUCCGGUACUAGGGGAAACAGUCCUGCAAGGUGUUGCAUUCCACCGGUCAGCAAGCGUUAAAUUAACCAUCUACAAUAGACGUAAGUUUCCACACAUAUCACAACCCAAGUUGUUUCUAACGCUCAUUUCUAAGGCCGGAUUGACAACAGAGGAGAGAGAGCUCGUAGCCGCUGCAUACGACUCAGGUGCAAUUCUCGUCUGUGUUGCUACAUGCAGCCUUGCUGCUGGUAUCAAUCUACCAGCUCGCAGAGUAAUACUUCACAAUGCUCGCAUGGGGCGGGACUUCGUUGGCCCGGCCCUUCUGCGCCAGAUGAGGGGGCGUGCUGGCAGGCAAGGCAAGGCCCCUGUUGGCGAGACCUAUCUGUGCUGUCGUGAGGGCGACCUGGAACAGGUUGUAGAGCUUAUGCAUGCCGAUUUGCCGGAAGUCAUCAGCUGCCUCAACAAUGAGAACCGUCGUUUUCACAGGGCACUUCUAGAAGUCAUCUCAGUCAGGCUUGCUACGAGUCAUGAAUCUAUUCGGGAACACUUUCAAAAGUCUCUCUUACGAUAUACUCACGGGACCGAAUAUAUUGAUAAACUAUUAGAUACCGGCCUCAAGGAAGUUACUGAACUCGAAUUUGUUGUAAAAGGUGAGUAUGGGAGUUAUUCAGCGACGCAACUUGGCAAAGCCGUCGUGGCUUCCGCAUUGGACCCUGACGAUGGUGUCUUCAUCUAUGAGGAGCUCAGUAGGGCCCUAAAGGCUUUCGUAAUGGAUGGAGACAUGCAUAUUUUAUACACCUUCACCCCCGUGCAAGACUUUGCCGCAUCUGUUAAUUGGCAAGUCUUCAGAGACGAAAUGGGAUCUCUCGAUGACAGUGGAUUCCGUGUCCUCCGCAUUUUGGGGAUCCAGCCGGCCACCAUCAAUCGACUGCAAGUACUUCCCAUGUUUCACCAGUUCACUCUUUCACUUUACUUAGGGGUUGUUGAUUCUUGUAUUAACAAUGGACAUAGGGCACAAGGUGCGGCAAUGAAGGAAACCACGCCAGAGGAAAAGAAGCAAGCCAAAAUAUACCGCCGUUUCUACUUUGCCUUGCUACUACGCGACUUGUGUAACGAGGUUCCGGUCCACGUCGUUGCACGAAAGUACGAAGUACCUCGAGGAACCGUUCAAAACCUCUCACAGACCUGCCAGGGCUUCGCGGCGGGGAUGAUCAAGUUCUGCGAGCAGAUGGGCUGGGGAAUCCUGGCUGCCACUCUGGACCAUUUCUCCGACAGACUGAUGGCCGGCGCUCGAGCAGACUUGCUGGAACUGGCCAAGAUUCCCUUCGUCAAGAGCCGAACAGCCCGUGUCUUCUGGGAAAGCGGGUUCCGCACAGUUGGCGCAAUCGCCAACGCUGACCCGUCCGAGCUGGUGCCGGUUCUGCUGCAGGCCCAGCCAAACAAGAUUCGUCAGAAGGGCAAGGACAACAAAAAGUACGAGGAAAAGCUGCUCGCCAAGGCGGAGGUGAUAUCGAAUGCAGCCAAUAGAUUAUGGCAAGCCCAGACGCAGGCAGAAAUAGACUUGGGGAUGGAGUAG